AUGAUUUCUAAUUCCGACAUUGAAACAAUAAAUAAGUUUAUUCUUGAAGCUAGUGGAACUCUUGAGAAUAUUUAAAAGGCUUUUGUGAGAAAAUUUUCAUAAGAAUAUGGUCCUUAUCUAUAUUUUUAUUAAGGUCUCUGCGAUAAUAUAUUCACAAAGGGAUAGAGACUCUUAAUUAUUUUCUUGUUACACAAUUCUGAAUUGAGAUAGUGUUUAUCGGAUAUAUCAAAUUACUGUUUAAAUCAAUUUGAAAAAAAGUUCAUUCAAGAUCCAUAACUUUAUGCUGGCCUUACAAUAAAGACCGUUUUAGAAGAAUUAGAUAAAUUUACGAUGAAUGAAAAAUAAAUAAAUAAAGAAUUGUGGUAGCCAUAAAGUUCAAUGUUUAAAUUGAGAAAUUGUAUAUCUAUAAAUAAUAAUCCACCUUAGUAAUAUAAAUUAAUAAAGUUUAGGAAAUUGCUGUAAAAUUAAAACUUAUCACAAUAAUAAAAUGGAUUCGAAAUUGAUUUUUUAAGAUUGACUCCAAACAUAGUUUAGAAUCGAUGUGAUUGGAUUGAAUUCUAUUAGGUUUACGAUGUUCAAUGGGAUUAUUCAUUGCAGAUCAAUUCUGACAAGUUGAGUCAGAUAAAGGAAAUUAUGCAAAAGGCUCAUUUACAAUAACUGACUGAGUAAGAAUUAAAGUAAUUUCAAGAGUAUUUGAGGAAGGACAAUAAUAAUUUAUUAAAAAAUAAUGGAUUAUUAAAUUUCAAUUUAAGCGAUUUGAUAGAGAAGAACUUAAAUUUAGCCUUUUUCCUGUUUACUAAGCAUUUUCCAAAUACUGAGUUUCUAGAUUUAAUGGAUGCCUUGGUUACAAUUGAUAUUACACCAAACUCUUUGGAGAUGAUGUGCAUGAUAGUACAGUAAUAUCAUGUGCCUCAGGAAUACCUUAAUUAUUAUGUGAAUUAUUGCAUUUAGUUCUGCUCAAAUAUAAAGGAAAAAGGAUAGCAAGUGAAAAUGAUCAAAUAUUUGACAAUUUUCUUGAAACAUCUGAUCAAUAAAAAAAUGCUAAAGACUCAUGAAUUACAGACUGAGUUGCAAGCUUUUUCGAUAGAAUUUUCUAAUAUAGGAGAAACAUCAAGUCUAUUCAAAUUGAUAAAGAAUGAUUAAUAAUAAUGAUAUGUAUAAUAAUAAUUAUUGAAUUUAAGUGUUUAGA